CCGGCGGGAACUCUGGUGCCCAUAGGGGCAGCUCCAUCUCCUGAAGAUGAAGGGGCCCAGGUGAAACUCAGGCCAGGCCCAAUGGCCAGCUCCGGGACGGAGGUCUACUGGGCCGAGUCAGGCCUGGGAAAGGGGCCCCGGCGGAGGCGCUGGGCCUGGGCUGAAAAGGGAAAGGAUGCUGAUGGGAGUGGCACGUGCAGCUUGGUAGAAGAGGUGCCCUUUCCCAGUGCCACCAGCCCUGAGCUCCUGGAGGACUUCCGCCUGGCCCAGCAGUGCCUGCAGCCACCGGAGUGGAGGGGCCCGGACUCAGAGCCCGACGGGCACCCGGAUCCGGAAUCAGGAGAGUCUGCGGAAGAGGAGUUGGAAGCAGAGGAUGUGGACAGCCCAGAGAGUUCCAACUUGCCACUCAACUGGCCCCCGCAGCAGGAUCCUCAACUGGACAUGACUGAAGAGGAGCCAGAUGAGGCCCUGGGAGGUCCUGAGGUCCAGGAAGCUGGAGAGAGCUCCCCAAGGUUGGGGUAUGACACUGAUCUCAGCUCGGGGGGCAAUGGGAAUACCAGCCCCAUGGCUCUGGGCUGGGGUCAACCCACAGGCUGGGUGGCUUCUGAUGAACAAGCCAGUGGAGACAAACUUCGAGAACAUUCUGAGGUCAACCCAACUGUUGACUUCAGUUCUGCCAGGUCAUGGAGCAGUGGAACUGUGAACCUCAACCCCAGUGGCAGUCUGGAUUCUACCUGGGAAGGAGAGACUGAUGUCCCCCCGCCCGCUGCCCUGGCAGAAACUUCACCCCAGAGCUCCAGCCACCACCUCCUAAACCCAAACGAUAGAACUGGAGGAAGCGUUACUCUGGCGACGGCCACGGAAUUCCAGGAGUCCUCAGCCCCUCCAGCCCAGAGUGUCCAGUGUCCUGAAGAUAGAUGGAGGAGAGAAACCACCAGCCUCUCCUGCCCUCAGCCCGGGGACCAAUCCUGGAAGCGGACACGGAUAUCACCUAAGCCACUCCCUUCCCGAUUCACCGGCUCCAUCAGCCCCCUGAAGCCUCCACCUAGGCCAGCUCGACAGGACAGGCCGCCGCCCAGGCCGGGAGCCACUCUGGCUGGUCACUCAUCUUCUGACGCCCCCAAGUAUGGCCGGGGGGGGCUGAACUACCCGCUCCCUGAUUUCUCCAAGGUGGGACCCCGGGUGAAGUUCCCCAAAGAUGAGACUUACCGCCCCCCCAAAGCCAGGAACCACAGCAGGCUGCCUGAGGGCCCUGCCAGGCCACUGAUCUUCAAGUCACCUGCCGAGAUUGUGCGGGAGUUGCUGUCAAGCAGCGGAGAGGUCUGCCCGGGAGAGGACCCCCCUCCUACUCACCCCACGACCAGGGUACCCCAAGAAUUUCAGACGCCCGAACAGGCCACCAAGCUGGUCCAUCAGCUCCAGGAGGACUACCACAAGCUCCUCACCAAGUACGCUGAGGCUGAGAACACCAUCGACCAGCUGCGCCUCGGAGCCAAGGUGAACCUGUACUUGGACCCGCCCCAGCCCAGCCACAGCAUCCACACUGGGACGAUGCCCCAGGGGACCAAGGUCUUGUCCUUCACCAUCCCACAGCCCCACUCUGUAGAGCGGUGGCCAGGCCCCACCAAGGGCCUGCAGACCUCUGAGGCUUCAGGGUGGCCAUCAGCUGAAGGAGACCUGAACCCCUCCUCGCCCCCCAGCACACCCGCCCUAGGGUGGCUUCCGGACGACCCGGGCAUCGCCCAGGACCAGCCCUCAGCGGAGCAGGCCCAGGAGCUGACUUCUCGGGCCAGUCGGUUCCUGGCCAAGGUGGAGUCCUUUGUAGAACUGCUGCAAGCAGGACAGCUGACACCCCAGGACCAACUCAAGGUCUUCCAGCAGCUAAAGGCUGUCCACGCGGCCUUGGAGGAGGAGUAUCUGAAGGCCUGCAGGGAGCAACACCUGGCCCAGCAGCUUGCCGGCUCCACGGGGACGCCCGGGAGAUUUGAUCCCGGCAGGGAGCUGGAGGCAGAGAUAUUCCAGCUGGGAAUUCGCCUGGAUGAGCUGAAGGACCACAUAGACCAGAACCAGCAGGAACCUGAGCCAGCCGGGUCAGACUUGGCUCUGGACAGCUCCCCAGCCGUGCCCUCCCCCCUCCAGCCAAUGGGCCUGCUCCCUCCUUUGGAGCAAGCCCCCACGCCAGCCAUCCAGACCCUCUGCCCUGAGGUACCUCUUUGCCCAACCCUCGACGCCAUCAACACUGGCCUCCACCCAUUGCACAUGAACUUGGAUCUGAGCGCUACCAGCAAUGAUGUACAGGGCGGGCCGCUCGGGCACAAGGAGCUGCGGGUGGAACACGAUUUCCACGGCCUGCUAGAGCGGCACCUCAGUGUGAAGUCUCUUCCAGAAGCCCUGAGGCUGGACGAGGAGCGGGAGGGGCAGGGCCACACCCUGCAAGUUGAGGGGCCAGCUUCAGCUCCAGGGAAAGCAGCGGCCACCAGGCUCCCCACCAGACAGCCCCCAGCACAGGCUGAGAGAAGUCACGGGGGCCCCCUCGAGGAAACCGUGGAGCAGAUGGCGUCUGUGAAGCCAGCAGACUUCCACGCAUCCGUGGCCAGAGACAGGCACCUGCAGGGCCUGGACAAAGCUGAGGCAGCUCCUUCAGGCCCAAGCAGGCCCCCCCCACCUCAGGGCACCAAGUCUGCGGAGUCCCACCAGAGCAGUCUGACCAGCCUAGAGGGAAGUGGCAUCUCUGAGCGCCUUCCACCGAAGUCUCCGUGCCAAGCUGGUGGGCCCCACCUGGAGGAGCCCUGGAUGGCAUCCCCCGAGACAGACAGUGGCUUUGUGGGCUCAGAAACCAGCAGAGUGUCACCCCUCACUCAGACCCCAGAGCACCGGUUCUCCCAGAUCAGCACCCGAGGGACAUUAGCCCAGUCUUUCACUCCAUCUGUGCCCCGAGAUGCAACCUCCCACCGCCAGACCAGGGGUCUUCCGGUACCCAGAAGAGCCUCUGAGCCCAUCAUACCCAGGAGCCGAGCCCAGAGGCCCCCACCUGGCCAGGACAGUCCUCUCGGGCAGAGGGCACCCAGCUUCUGCCUGGAGCGGGCACUGGCAGCUGAGAUGGUGGUCCCUGGCUCAGAGUUCAAGGGGCGAAAGCAGCUUUCUGAGCAGCUCCCCCAUGGCGUGACAAUCAGCCCACCCCCGACCCUGGCCCCUGCAGCCGCCGCUCCACCCCAUGGGCCUGCAGAGACCACCUCCACCUUCCUCCUCACCAGGACGGGGCGAGACCAGGCCAUCCGUGAGCUGCAGGAAGAGGUAUCCCGGCUCCGGCUCCGGCUGGAGGACAGCCUGCACCAGCACCUCCAGGGCAGCCCGAAGCACCCAGUGUCCAACUUUGACCACCCCGCCCAGGCCCGGGACCAGCCAGCUGAUUCCUCAGCCACUUGGGGCUCCCAUUAUGGCAGUAAAUCCACAGAGAGGUUGUCUGGUGAGCCUGGGGGUGCAGAGCAAGCAGUCCCCGCAGGAAGGAGGCAAGCCAGGUCCUCCUUGGUGCCUCGGGAGGUGCCUCGAUUGUCCCUGAGUUCCGAAUCUGAGCCAGUCUCCCCCAGGCUGUUCUCUGAGAGGGGCAAGACCACCGAGGACAGUCCACAAGCAGCUCGGGAUAGAAGGAGAGGAGUGGGUAGCACCGGUCGGCCAGAGAGGGUCACCUUCCGGGGCCAAUACACAGGCCAGGAGUACCAUGUUCUGACCCCCAAGACUGUCCCAAGAGGCAGUGGCCCAGUCUCCUGUCCCCACUGCCGACCUGCUAGGACAGAGGAUCCAGGUGAUGCUGGCACCAAGGACCCACUGGGACCAUCUCACACUGAGACCCAGCGAUGUCCCCUGUGUGGUCGAGUUGGGUCCUCCUCCAAGGGGGAGGGCCCAGACUCAGCCAGCUCUGCCCCAGAAUUGGCCGCCACCAGGAGAAACGUACCUUCUACCUCCAGCCCCAAACAAAGGAGCAAGCGGACAGGGUCGUCACCCGGGCCGCCUCCUGCACUGUGGUAUCUGGCUGCCGCGCCCUCAGCACCAGCCCCUCCUGCCUUUGCCUACGUCUCCUCGGUUCCCCUCGUGCCUUAUCCAUCAGCCACUGUGUACUACGCGCCUGCAGCACCUACCUCAGCGCCCCCGGCCCGAGCAGCUGCCGAGUGGCCCCCCGCAGUCUCCUCUCGGCCGGCCGGGAGACCCCGGCACUCCAUCCAGCUGGACCUGGAGGAGCUCAACAAGGCCCUGAGCCGAGCGGUCCAGGCUGCCGAGAGCGUCCGCUCCACCACCAAGCUCAUGAGCCGCUCCCUGUCGGCCGACCUGCGCCAGGCCCGCGGCCUGCGGGGCUCCUGCCUCUUCUGA